AUGAUUACAGAAUUAAGUGCUGAUGAAGACUCGAACCCGAUUGAGAUAGAAAGUUUAUGUGUCAAAUGCUUAAAAAAUGGCACAACAUUCCUGUUGUUGACAAAAAUAGCAUAUUUUAAAGAGGUUAUCAUCUCAUCUUUCAGUUGUACACAUUGUGGAAAUGAAAAUCGAUUAAUUACACCAGCUUCUCGUGUUCAAGAUAAAGGCCAACGUUUAACACUUACAGUUAAAAAUGCAAAAGAUCUCAAUCGACGUCUUGUUAUACCGCCUGGUUCAACACUAGAGAUUCCAGAAUUAGACUCUUCAUUCCCGUUUUCUGAUGGAGGUUUAUCAACUGUUGAAGGAACACUUACAACAGUGGUAGACAAUUUAAACAGUUUACAACCUGAAAGAAAGCAAGCUGAUCCAGACUUGGCAGAGAAAAUUGAAAGUUUUAUGCGUCAAUUGUGUAAUUUAUUAAAUUUAGACAAGCCAUUUACAAUUAUUAUUGAUGAUCCGUCUGGAAAUGGAUUCAUUGAAAAUUAUCUAGCUCCAAAUGAUGAUCCUCAAAUUGAAAUUUCCAUUUAUGAACGUACUCCAGAACAAAACGAUUUACUUGGUCUUCAACCACAACCACCUUUGGAAUUAUUCAAUAAGGCGAAUAAUAUCCCUGAAACAAUUCCUGAAGAGCCAGUUGAUGAGCCUACAAAACCUGUUGAAAAAGAUGAAGUGAUGUCUAUCACAAUGAAUUGUCCAUCGUGUAAUGCUGUAGCAGAGAAUAAAAUGAAAGUUGUCGGUAUUAUGUCAACCACUUAUAGUGAGUGGGAUCAAAGUUCAUGUCCUUUAGGCGAUAAAAUUAACACUCAUGAAGAUGUGCUGACUAACUUUCAAACAUCAACUAAACAAUCUGCUAAAGACGCCAAUUUAUCAACACCAGUAUUAUCAACUGAUUCUACUAUGACCAAUGAAAUAUCAAACGCUUUCAUGAAUGGUGCUAUUCAAAUAAAAAAUUCUCAAUCUGUUGUUGUGAUAAAAAAGACUAUCAAAAAAUUAGUUUGGAAUCUACGGGAUUAUGAUUUUAAAAAAACAUUUAAAAAAUCUAAACAGGGGAAUAAUGAAUGGAAAAGACAAAUGGAAGAGUUAUUUUUCACUGGUGUCGAUGUUAGUGACACUGACGAUGGAAGUGUUAACCACAACAGUAGGCAUUGUCGUGGUAGUAGAAGUAGACAGGGUGGUGAUGAAGGCAGUGAUAGAAACCUUGGAAAUCGAGGUAGUAGAGGCUGUAGAAGUGUUAGUGACAUCAGUAAUCAUGAUAUUCAUAGUAGGGGUAAUAGAAGUAAAGGGAAAGGCGGCAAUAAUAUCAGAGAUGGCAGCGGUACGGAUUGUAGGAGUGACAGCGGUGACGGUGGUGAAACUCAAGAUGAACAUUUAAAUAAGAAUGAUGAUGAUGAUCGGAGUGAAUUAAUGAAUGAAGUAAAAGUCUACGGGUAUGCUGUCUGUCAAUUUCAAAGUCAACAAUAUGAAGUUUACAGUGAGCCGAUGAAAUCUGAACAAAAAUUUUAUGAUAAAUAUGAUAAUCAAAACAAUGGAUAUUCAUUUCAAAAUUCAACAUUUUCAACAACACAUGAAAAAGAAACCAGGAAUCAUUUAAACAUGGCAUUAACAUUUACAAUGUGUAGAGCUUGUGGACUACCAAUUGACAGUUUAAUACCAAGUGUACAAUAUAUUAGAUAUUUAAUACGUAAUUCCAUCCAAUUUAAAUAUGUACAUAAAUCUCCAGUUGGUUUAAACAAUUCAAACAAUGCUCAAUCAUUCAAUGAUCAAUGUAAUGUAAUGUAUAGUGAGGAGAAUGCAUCAAAUUCAAAUAUUUAUUCGGAUAUAAUCAAUGUAUACAGAUGUAAAGGUGAAAAACAACAGUUAAUGAAUAAUUCAAACAAUUUAAAAUUAUCAGAUGAUGAAAUUAAGUUGUUUAAAAUGACAAAUCAAGAGUUGAAUGAACAGCACGGAAGUGUUAAGAGGGAAGAAACCAGUGGAGAAAAUAAUGGCGGAAUCACCAACAGGGGAUUGUUAAAUUCAACCAAUUAUACAAAGUCCAAUGACAUUGUGAAUAAGUCAAAUCAUAAUAAUAAUAGUAAUAACAGUAGUAAUUUACAAAUAUGUAAAAAAGAAUAUAAAUGGCGAUUAAGUGAUUUUUAUGAUUAUUUCAUAUUGGAACUACCAGAUAUCUGUUCUGGUUGUAUUCCUGGCUGUAGAUAUUGUAAUGGUUUAGAUAUAUUCUAG